UAAUGAGAAUGAAGUUGAUCAAUCAAUCGACCCUAAUCUGUUGCACUUACCGGUGACCAAUGGUUCCUUAGAACUGUUUAGACAAUAUGCUAAACAAAUCAAUCUUGAAGAUAUUGAGAGAGAGGCAGAGCUCAUCCAUUGGAGUCAUGAGCAUCCACUAAUCCUUUUUGAUGUGCAAAAGGACGAUGAUAUCAAAGAUGAGAUUACGUUAUGUGAUGGUUGCGUGCAACCAAUAUCAUUUCCAUUUUACUGUUGUAGUCAAUGCAACUAUUUUCUCCAUUUAAGUUGUGUCAACUUACCACGGGAAUUGCGGCACCCAAUUCACCAUGAACUCCCAAUGGUACUUUGUCAGGUUAUGAAAUUCUACAAGACCUUCUUGUGCGAUGCUUGCUGGGUAUGGACAAAUGGAUUUUACUACAACUGUGAAACAUGUUCAAAACAUCUCUGCAAUGGAAGUGGUUUCAGCUUCUCUACAAGCGGAUUUAAAUGUGAUGAUUGCAGGUUCAAAAUAUCUCACGACAGUGCUCUACUCCCAGUGAUUGCGAUCAAUCGUUUCAUCUUUUAUGCAUUAAAGAUUACUAUUCAAACGUCAAGUAUGGAGGUACCAUUGAAGUUAAUUGUCAUCCACACUCUCUGGCAUUUGUACGAAAGGCAAGGAAGAGGUUCUCGUAUUGCAGUUGUGGUCAUUCUUAUGUUAGAGUUAUCUUUGUUCAUACUGAUAUUGAUAUUGAGUGUCCCAUAUUCGAAUGUGGAGAGUGUAAUUAUACAUUGUGCUUAG